AUGUCGAAAGAUUUCAAAGAUAAAAUGGUUGUUAUUACCGGUGCCAGCAUUGGCAUUGGAGAGUGUACCGCCAUCUUGUUUGCUCAGCAUGGCGCUAAUGUUGUUCUGUGUGGGAGAGAUGAACGAAGACUGUCGUCUGCUUUGCAAAAGUGUCAAGAGAAAAGUGGCGGAAACGUGGACAAACAUUUAGCAGUUCAAGGAGACAUAACAGAAUCUCAGGUGAGGCGGCGUAUCAUUCAGCAGACGAUGAAUAAAUUCGGUCGCUUGGAUGUUUUGGUCAGCAACGCUGGUAUAAUGGCGAAGAACGACAGCCUGGAAGAUGCCACAGAAGAGGCGUUCGACUCGACCAUGAACAUCAAUGUCAAAGCUGGGUUUUUUCUUAUACAAGAAGCGAUACCACAUCUCGAGAAGUCUCAAGGCUGCAUCGUUUUUGUUUCAUCUAUUACCAGUUCAGUAGUGGACACAGAUGAUAUCAUCUUUGCCAUGUCCAAGGCAGCUGUAGAUUACAUGACCAAAACGUUUGCCCUGGGUUUGCCCCGAAAGGUAUUCGAGUAAAUGCUAUAAACCCAACAACUGUUAAACCUACCAGCCUUGAACAGUAUCAUUUAUAUGAAGAAGACUUAGAAGAAUUUUACACCAAGUAUGAACAACUCCACCCGCUGCACGGAAGGAACAGCACUGCUGAAGAACAAGCCAGG